AUGAAGAGUAUAACAUUACCUCACCCUACCGGCGACAAUUCCACCAGCAAAAAGACCAAACGCAUCACCACCGAAGUUCUACAAUCACUCACAACUCUCUGGUUUCUCUGCACCAAACAAGCUAUUACAGCUUCUCGAAAGCUAAAGGAUAACUCGAAGAUAUCCCCCGACUCGCCGGUGAUACAACGGCCAAAGAAGCUGAUCGCCACCAUUAGCAACAAGGCGAUCAAGAUGCGAAAUCGGAAAAAGAAAGACCAUAAAGAUGACGGUGAUGAUGGAUUGUGGCAGAGGGAGAUUCUGAUGGGGGACAAGUGUCAGCCGUUGGACUUUUCCGGUGUGAUUAAUUAUGAUAGAGAUGGGAAGCGUACGAAUGAGUUUCCGGUCCGGUCUCCGCGGGGUACGAAAAACCUCAAACUUAAUUUGCUUGAAUUGGAUGUGUCUGAUGUGGUUCCAACGAUUUCGUUGGCCAAAGAAAAUAGAGAGGAUCCAGAAAGCAAUUUAGGAAGAAUUUUAGACUAA